AUGGAUUCAAACGAUUCAGUCCCUGGCUCAAGUGAGAACCACUAUGGCAGAAAGGCUUCAGUGAACAAGAAACACACUUCCUACAGCCCAGGAAGCAGAGCACAGAAGAGCCCUAAAGACAAGACUUCAGUUCACAGGUAUACACCCCAAAUGCCUCCACUCCUAUUUCAGGUGGUUCUAGUGGGAUCCAUAAAGACUACCCAGAGCAGGGAGAUCAUUGGAGGACAUGAAGCCAAACCCCACUCCCGUCCCUACAUGGCCUUUAUUGAAUUCUUGUACACUACCUUUAGAAAACCGUGUGGUGGCUUCCUGAUACAUGAGAAGUUUGUGUUGACAGCUGCUCACUGUUUCAAGAGAAAUCCGGAGUCACAGAUCAUAGAAAUACUUGUUGUGCUGGGAGCACACAACAUCACAAAACAAGAGAAGACUCAGCAGUACAUACGUGUGCAAAAAUGCAUUCCACACCCACAAUUCAAUCUUGAAACACUCACCAAUGAUAUCAUGCUGCUGCAGCUGAAGGGAAAGGCCAUGCUGACUGAAGCGGUGCAGAUUCUACAGCUGCCUAGCAGAAAAUCCCAGGUGUUGCCAGGCACCAUGUGCCAGGUGGCUGGAUGGGGAAUGAUGGACCAAAAUAAGAAAUUGGCUAGCACACUGCAGGAAGUGGAGAUGACAGUACAAGACGAUAAGGAGUGUGAAAUCCGCUAUCCCAAUUACAACAGUGCUACUCAGAUGUGUGCUGGGGACCCAAAAAUUCAAAAAACCUCCUUUUUGUGUGACUCCGGAGGGCCCUUCCUGUGUAAUAAUGUGGUUCACGCCAUUGACUGCUCUGGAAGCAGCGAUGGGAAACCUCCAAGUAUCUACACCAAACUAUCACCUUAUCUAGAUUGGAUAGAGAAAACCAUAAAACAUCUCUUAUUGUAG